AUCAAAUUGGAUGCAGGUGGAAGUGGUGCUGCUCGAGAAGGCGCGGGCAGCGGCGGACAAUGGAGAUUGGGAACGCGCAGAGAAGCUAGCAGAAGAGAGUGUCCAUCGGAUAUGCGACCGUCUCCAUCUAGGAAAGUGGAGCGAUGUGGACAUUGAAUGGCGGCAGCGCUUUGCCUGUGCUUGCGAACUGUUGGCAACUUCAUAUCUCCACAAGCCAGUGGUCGACGACCUCUCUCGAAGCCACCACCUUGCAGCAGCUAUCGAAAUCUUGGAUACGGGGCUGCUGAUGGCAGGUCCAUAUGGCCGACAACUCCACGCCAUCAUGGCCACCGUAGUCGCUGAGAUGAACACCGCUUCCUCCCUUGUCGCCGACAACAGUCCACCGAUCAAGAAACAGAAAACAGAAAUCGGUGUGCCCUCAUCGCCCAUUCCACCACAUCUGACUCCAGACAAUCCACUAUGCACACCCUUGGCACGCGUGGACGCUCCGUCCAUGAACGCGUUCCUGACGUCGUACAUGCAUUCGAAUGAGCCCGUGAUCAUCACUGGGGCCAUGGACCAGUGGCCAGCUUUAGGCAAGACGCACGGCGGACAGCGGCAGUGGGCCAACUUGAACUACCUUCGUCAAGUGGCCGGGCGACGCUCAGUUCCCAUUGAAAUUGGGUCAAGCUACCUCGAGGACAACUGGUCCCAAACACUAAUGACACUGGAUGCAUUCAUCGAUCAGCACAUUUUGAAGCCCGUGACUAGUACCCCCCCACCUACUACUACUAGUAGUAGUAGUAGUAGUAGUAACGAUGCUGCUGCUCCUCCGACGGGAUACUUGGCCCAGCACGCCUUGUUUGAGCAGAUUCCCCAACUUCGAAGCGAUAUUGUCAUCCCCGACUAUUGUACACUCAGUGUCCGCGACGUGUGUGAUUCAAACGACGACUACGACGAGGACGUGCAGGAUGUGGUGAUUAACGCCUGGUUUGGCCCCCCCAACACGAUCUCGCCCCUGCAUUUCGACCCAGCUCAAAACUUACUCUGCCAAGUUGUCGGCUCCAAGUACGUUCGACUGUACGCUGCCGCCUUGUCCGACUUGCUGUAUCCGGUCCCGGGACUCCUCUCUAACACCAGCCAAGUUCAAGUGGAGGCACCAGACCAAAACGUCAAGUUCCCGAAGUUUGGGGAUGCACCCUACUGGGAAGGCGUGCUCGGACCGGGCGAGAUGUUGUACAUUCCACCCAAAUGCUGGCACUACAUCCGAUCGCUGGCCGUAAGUUUCUCUGUGAGUUUGUGGUGGGAUAAUUAACCGACGACGGGGGGGGUCGGUGGCUGGUCGAUGCGACUGGUGCUAAUCGAGGACUACAUACUAAGCGUAGAGAUGAUAUCCUCAAGGUAACACCAAUUAUGCCCCCACCUGCCUGCCUGCCUGGUCCGAUAAUUGACCAUGUAGUUAGUCGUUCUUGGAAUACUACAAAACGUUAGUACUACUAGUUCGACACAUACUGUAUACGUAGCGUGUUGAUGA